AAAGCAGAGGAACAGUAGCUACCACCCCAUUGGCCGGGGGACUUGCCCAGAUGUCUGGCCUUCACAUAAAAGACAAGAAGCACUGAAGUCAGUCUCCACUUCCACGCAAAGGGUGAAAGCAAAAACAGCAAAAAAAGGAAGAUGGCAAGACUGCUGUUUCUUUUCCUCCCAGGUCUUGUGGCCAUAUGUGCUGUGCAUGGAAUAUUUAUGGACAGACUUGCUUCCAAGAAGCUGUGUGCAGAUGACGAGUGUGUCUAUACUAUUUCUCUGGCCAGAGCUCAAGAAGAUUACAAUGCCCCAGACUGUAGAUUCAUUAACGUUAAAAAAGGGCAGUGGAUCUAUGUUUACUUAAAGCUGGUGAAAGAAAAUGGAACUGGAGAAUUUUGGGCUGGAAGUGUUUAUGGUGAUGAAGAUGAGGACGACAUGGGAACUGUGGGUUAUUUCCCCAGCAACUUGGUCCAGGAGGAACAUGUGUACCAAGAAGCUACCAAGGAAGUUUCCACCACGGAUAUUGACUUCUUCUGCGAGUAAGAAGUUAAGACAAAUCUGCACAUAGAAAGGAAACACCAAAAAUAAAGAGCAAAAAUCACCAAAAAA